AUGGGUCAACUAUGGACCGCUCCUCUUGGGCCAAAGAAAUGGACUCUUCCUGGCGACGCGAUUCGGACAAUGAGGCAAACCUGGCCAGACAAAUUGUCUGGGCCUGACUCUGGAUCCGAUUGGGACAUCCUUAUCGGGCCUCAGCGAGUAUCGUCUCGAUGGAGUCCUUGCUCGUCAAAAACCCUACCUUCUCCUCCACCUCCACCUCCUCCCUGCGUCUCCGGCGAGCCGCCGCCACUCCUCGGGCCGCGGCGCGCCGCGUCGUCCCUCCGUCUCGCGCCUCUUCUCCGUCCCCGCGCCUGCAGGUUCUCCGUCGCUUCCGAAGAUGGCCCUCCGAAGGGGCUCCGCUUCGGCCUCCUCUCGCUCGACCGGAGGAGUUCGUCCUUCGUCGCCUUCGCGGCUUCUCACGAGGAGUCGCGUUCGGAACUCGAUGUGGAAAGCGAAAAUGAUGAUCUUGAGACGAAAGCUGAAGAAUCGGAAGAAGCAUGGAAGCAGACUUUAGAUGCUUUCAAGGAGCAAGCUCUGAAGAUGCACAGCAUCUCCCAGGAAGCCUAUGACAUAUACUCGAAGAAAGCGGUGGUUAUUCUGAAAGAGGCUUCGGAGCAGUUGAAAAUUCAAGCGGAAAAGGCCAGAUAUGAGUUGGCUAUUGUAGCGAAAGAACUCAGCGAGGAAGGUCAAGAAUAUCUGUCCGUGGCUGCGGAGAAGACGCCCGAACCUGUGAAGGAGAUUGUAGAGACGUUUUCGACUCCGACUGAGGAUCUGAAUGAUAUCUCAAAAGUCCAGGACUUUUACCUUGGAAUACCAUACGGUUUGAUUCUUACUGCCGGCGGUUUUCUUUCUUUCAUGCUAACGGGGAGCAUCUCUGCCAUUAGAUUUGGUAUCAUCCUUGGAGGUACUCUUUUGGCUUUGAGCGUAUCAAGUUUGAGAUAUUACAAAAGAGGAAAAUCUUCUCCUAUAGCAUUGACAGGGCAGGCAGCCAUUGCAGGAAUAUUAUUUCUAAGAGAGACACGCUUCCUCUCUCAGAGGCUGUCCCCUUUUAGUUUUUUGACGACUGCCAUCAGUGGAGGGAUGCUAGUGUUUUAUCUGUAUAAGAUGAAGCAGAAAAGAGAUCAGGUGAAAGGUCCUUCCUACGAAGAGGGGACCGAAACUCAAUGAAACAGUUACUAAAGUCUCACAAAACUGCAGUAGCUAGGAUAUACAAGAGGUGCAGCAAGCAGAAGCAGAGAGCGCUACAUGCUAUUGGAGAUCGGAGUCCACCAGUUGUGGCGUGUUCUUGCGCGCGUCACCUUAAUAUAAAUCUCGUGGUGUCAAAUCAAUUAGGAGGUUUUUUCAAUCUUUGGGGACUGAGUGUUCGGGGUGAGAAUAAUGAGGCAGAGUUCUGUCUUUGUUGUAGGCUCAGGUACUGGGGUUUAUUUUUCCCCUGUAUAUUAAACUAAAUGCCGAGAAUUUGUUUGAAGAUGUCUGCCGUGAAUCAAUGCUUUGGAUUGUCGAUUGUCAUAUAAGGAAUUUGUGCCUUGAAAGGUUUGAUCUUU